GGUCAAAUCUUUUCCAUUCCACAACUCAACGUCGAACCCACAAAAAUUGUUUCAUAUUUCACACUGAGUUUCACAUUUGCAAAUUCAUAAUGAACCAAUUUGCGAAAGUCGCCCUUCUACUCCUCACUGCGACAGCGUGUCACGGAUCACCUUCUCUCGUCCGAACAAUUGCGGCCCCGUUUUCCUCCAGCGGUGUAUCUCCAUUGGGCGUGGUAACCCCGACCACUCGCUGCGGCGGGGUUGGGACUCAACGCCAACUUAGAAUUUCGGAUUGUGAAGGUUUCUGUGAACUUCAACCUGGAAAAGUUUACAACUGCGAGAAUGACUUCAUCCCAAGUUCUCCAUCCGAAUCGUUGUCUCUCAUGGUCGAGGUCUGCACCAAUGCCGGCUUCUGCAUUGUCAUUCUCCAGGUCGAGCUCCCUAAUUCGUCUGUCCAGCCAGGAUUCCUCUACACGGCCAAAUACUCCAUUGUUCCAAACGAUAUUUUGACCGGACAAACUGUUACAUUCAAAGCCAGCUUGUACCAGACUAGAGGAAGUUUGGUGGAGAUUUGUGUUUCUUCUUUAAUUAAAAUUUUGUAGAAUGGAUAGCAUUGCAGUGCAUAUUUGUAAGCGGUAUGGGAAAUAAAUUGUUUCGAAAGUAUUUAAGACUA